AUUUCUACAAAGAGGUAGAUCUUUCCCGCUUGAGAGAAGAUUACAAUGUCAGGUCUGAUAAAAGCAAAGACUUAUGAUUGGAAGGACUCAAACCUGGCCCUGUUCGGUUCAUCCGUUGAGAAGUCCAUAAAAAAGGAAUCUGCAAUGACGGAAACCGCCUGGAAAAACGCCGGUUCGAAAGUCGGAAUCAAAAUUUGGAGGAUUGUGAAAUUCAAGGUCACUGAUUGGCCAGAAAAAGAGUAUGGAAAAUUCUACAGUGGCGACUCGUACAUCAUUUUGAACACCUACAAGCCUAAUCCGAGUAGCAACGAAUUAGCGCACGAUCUGCACUUCUGGAUCGGCAGUCAGAGUUCCCAGGACGAGUAUGGAACUGCAGCCUACAAGACAGUCGAACUUGAUACUUAUCUUGACGACGUGCCAGUCCAGCAUAGAGAAGUUGAAGGAUACGAAUCGGAUCUGUUUAAGUCCUACUUUAAACAAGGAAUUACCCUGUUAGCUGGUGGCGCAGAGACUGGGUUCAACCACGUGAAGCCGACUGAGUACAAACCACGUUUGCUUCACUUUCACGGUAACAAGCAGAACGUGACUCUUAAUGAAGUGCCAUUGAACGCAGGUCGCUUAAAGUCUGAAGACGUUUUCAUUCUGGAUCUAGGGCUGGUGGUCUACCAGUGGAAUGGCUCUGACAGCAAUAAAGACGAGAGAUUUAAGGCUCUUCAGUACUUGCAGCUUUUGAAAUCGGAGCGUGGCAAAUGUCAGUGCGAAACUCUAGAGGAUUCCGAUACCCCCAAGACGCAUGAGUUUUACAAGCACUUGAACCAGCCUGACGAACCAGACCACAUCAAGCCGUACCAGGCGACAGAAAAAACUCUUCACAAGGUUUCAGAUGAAAGCGGUCAUCUGAAGCAGACGGAGGUUAAGAAAGGAAACAUUCAUCUCAGCGAUCUUAAGUCGCAAGACGUUUUCAUAGUGGAUACUGGAGUGAGUUGCUUCGUGUGGGUUGGCAAGCAGGCAUCUCACGAGGAGAAGCAGAACGGCCUUGGUUACGCUCAUAGCUACCUUAUGAAGACCAAUCAUCCAUUGGUCCCUAUUCACGUGGUCAAAGAGGGACAACAAAGCAAGGAAUUCUCAUUGGCCGUUGCCGCUUAAGGGCGUGGCUAACUCUCAAACCCCACACGUUGAUUGGUUGAUAUUUUUUUACGUUUUGAUAAUACCUUUUUUAUUUGGAUUGUUUGAGAACGGAUGAGAGGUUAGUGGAGUUAAAUUUUCUGAGACGUGAGAUCUGCUUUCUAAAUCUGAUGAAUAAGAUCUGCUUUCUAAAUCUGAUGAAUAAAAAUUAUCUAUAUAAAUAUAUAUAAAUAUAAAUAAAUAUAUAUAUAUAUAUAUAUAUCCAUCUAUCUAUCCAUCUAUCUAUCCAUCUAUCUAUCCAUCUAUCUAUCUAUAGCUUACAAAAAUAUUUCUCAUUUCGUUAUUUCAAUUUUUGUGUUGAAGAAGAAACAUUCCUUUGAACUGGCAUCAAUGUAGUUUUAUACACCAUUGUUUAAUUAAUACAUAUUUGUUUUUAAUUAAUUAAUUAGUUUUUUGAUUGUUUUGUUAACUAAUUAACUGUUUAUUACUUGCUUAAUUUUGAAAACUUCGCUAAAUUCUCAAGUUUUGAAGCGUUAAUUUCCCUGAGACUUGAUGAAAUUGAUUCAAAUUCAAUUAUUAUUUUUGUUACGUAAAACGCGUUUUUUUUAAUGAGAAAUUUAAUAAAAUAUUGUCAAAAUUAAAAAAAAAA